AUUUACGUUUCUGCCACGGACCUCAAUCUUGCUCUUGACAGUUGUCAUUUUGUCAAAGACCAGAAAAAAAUUGUAUGAUUUCAUCGGUUUUUUUUUUUGUUGGAUUUUUAAUAUUCCAUAAUUUUUUGGCUAACCAAUUUCUAAAUUUUACAAUAUAUUGUGCUCCAAAAUCAAACAGCAUUCAUUAAAAAACAAAAACAAUAAAUUAAAAAAUGUAAUAUUAAUAAUAUCAUUAAUUUAUUAUUGAACAAUGUUAUGACAACACAAAAAAAUUGUUAAAUAUUAUAGAAAAAAUUGAAUCUAAUAUUGUGUCUGUGGCUGUGAUUGUUAGGAAUUAUAUUAAUUAACAUAGUUAAAUAAAUAUAUUUAUAUUAUAAAUAUGGAUAAUUCAGAUAACAAUCAUUCAACAAUUGAUGUUAUUGAAGAUGAAGACUUGCAGGUGAAAAUUAGACGAUUGGAAUUAGAAAAUAUGCGAAUGAGAGAAGAAUUUGAUGGUCAAAGAGCAAAAUUAAAAGAACUUUUUCUCCAAAAAGAAGAAGAACUUAAAAAAAGAUCAAAAGAAAGUACAGAGUAUCAAAAUGAAAUAACAAAAUAUAAAAAUGAAUUAGAUGAAGCUAAAAGUCAGCUUGUAGUUGCAAAUAUACGUCUUGAAAAUGACAUUGAUUUAGAAUCAAGAAAAGCUAAUGAAGAAAUAGCAUCACUUCAACAAGUUAUACAAGAUGCAAUGGAAGAAUCAGUAUGUUCAAGAAAUGAGCAAGAUAAUGAAAUUCGUAAAUUACGUAAUUAUAUAACACAAUUAGAAGAAGAAAAUAAUCAAAUUAAAUUACAAAUUGCUAAAGAAAUACCAGAUAGUCCACCAAUGUCAUUAUCAACUGUUACUAAAACACUUGCAAGAAAAGUUGCAUCACAGCUUGGUGCCGAUGCUUUGUCACUUGGUCCUGAAAACCUUGAUGAUAGCAUGCGGAAGGUAAAAAAAUAUGCACAAGAAGAUGCUGAAGUAUUACGUUCAUUGGUUGUACCACUUGAAGAAGAAAUAAAAGCACUAAAAGAAAAAUUAAGAUCAACUGAUGAUGAGCUACAAAAAUGUAUGGAACAACAACAAAAACGUUUAGAUGCUGUUGCAAAUUCUGAAUCAACAUGUGAUAUGUGUAUAAAUUAUGAAGCACAAUUAGUUAAAGUACAAACAAUGGCUAAAGAUUUAGAAAAACAAUUGUAUGAAAGUGAUCGUCAAUUACAAUCACAAAGAGAUGAUUUAAUAAAAGAAGUUGAAUUUCGUAAAGAAAUGGAAGAUAAAUGGAAUGAAAAAAAAGAUGAACAUAAAAUUAAAGUUACUGAAUUAACAGCAGCAUCACAACUUGCUCAUAAAACAUUACAAGAUUUAAAACAACAAUUUAAACAAAUGUAUCAAGGUGUUAGUGAUGAUUUAAAAAAAUUAACACGUGAAAGAGAAAAUGUACAACGUCAUCUUAUUGAAUUACAAAUGGAAAAUGAAAUGUUAAUUGGUAAACAUAGUAAACAUUCACAACAAUUACAAAAUGAAAAUAUUAAUAUGCCAAAUAAUGUUGAAGAAUUACAUGUUAAUCUUUUAAAAGCACGUGAAGAUUUAAUUAUUGCUAAAGUUGCUCAAGAAGUUGCACAAGAAAAACAAGCAUCAUUAAAAUAUGAAAUUAAUUUAUUAAGAGAACAAAUGAUUGCUGAAAAAGAUGAAAAAAUUUGUCAUUUAGAAAAAAAACUUGAAAUUGCAAUAAAAGAUAAACAAGAAGCUGAUACAACAAUUGCUGAAUUAAAACAAAGAGUAACAAGUCUUCAGCAAGUGUUGGAUACAAGUGGAGAAGUACAAAUGGAUUUUGUUAGACUUUCACAAUCACUUCAAGUUCAAUUAGAAAAAAUACGAGAAUCAGGAAGUGAAGUACGAUGGCAACAUGAAGAAGAUGUUGAUGAGUGUCCUACUUGUCAAACUUCAUUUUCAAUUGCUAAAAAAAAGAUUCAUUGUCGUCAUUGUGGCCAUAUAUUUUGUCAAGCAUGCUUAGCACAUGUUGUUAAUAGUGGACCAAAACAAAGACCAUCACGUGUUUGUGGAGUUUGUCAUACACUUCUUGUUCCAGAAACUGCUCCAUAUUUUAGUCAAAAACCACCACACAUACCAGAUUAAAACGACAAUCAUGUUUCUUUAAUUAUUUUAUCCUUUUUUUUUCUUUUUUUUUUAAGCUUUAAUUUGAAUUAACAAAAAAAAAUAGCACCAAAAUAUGCAAUAUUUACUUGGUGUGUUAUUUAUUGCAUUAAAAUAAACGAUAAAUCAAAUAUUAUUAACAGCAAAAAAUAAUAAUUCAAGUUUAUUGUAUUUGAAAUACAAUCACAUAAUUGUGCUAAAUUUUUUAGCUGAUAAUAAUUAAUAUUUAAAGUAACAACAAUUCCUUACCUCUGUUAUUUAAAUAACCCUUAUUCCAUAAUUUAAAAAAUAAUAAUAAUAAUUUAACGUUGCAAAUACAUUGCUUGUUACAUUUUUUGUGUAAAUAUAAUUAAAUGUGUAAUAUCGCCAUGUUAAUUGUGAUUUUAAAAAAAUUAAAAAUUUUAACUGUCAAA